AUGCCUCGCCGUGUAGCAAUUUCUAUCGAGCAAAAGCAAGCCCUACGAGCGCACCGGCGCGCCUUUCCUACCUUUCCAAACAUCGAGCUUAAGCGCUGGUUCGAAGCCAAAUACCAGCAGGUUAUCUCAGCAUCCUCGGUCUCCGAAAUCCUCUCUGCGAAAUAUACCCACCUUGACAACCCAAUCAAUCGUACCCAGAGCCAGAAACGCUUCCGACAGGAGUUCUGGCCAGAGCUCGAAGACGCCCUCUUCCAGUGGAUCCAACGUGCAGAGGCUACAAUCACUAUUUCGUCAUAUACGAUCCGCGAGAAAGCCGAGUUUUUCUGGAUGAAUAUACCCCAAUACCAAGGGCUACCAAUGCCUUCAUUUAGCAAUGGCUGGCUUCAAGGAUUUCAAUCCCGCCGAGGGAUCGCGCACCGUAUACAACAUGGCGAGCUAAAUAGCUCAGUCUCAGCACCCGCUGAAAUGCAGUCUAUCCGACAAGCUAUCGCCCACUACGAACCAAGGGAUAUAUAUAACUGCGAUGAGACUGGGCUUCUUUGGAAGCUAACCCCGGAUCGUAGUCUAUCUACACGUACAAUCCCAGGCCGGAAGCGGGAGAAAGCCCGGGUUACAAUCCAUCUUUGUUGUAAUAUGGAUGGCUCCGAUAAAGUGCCUCUCUGGUUUAUUGGACAAGCUCAGAAACCCCACGCCUUCCGUCGUACCAAUAUCAAUAUCCAGAACCUCGGGGUUUAUUGGCGUGCUAAUAAGAAGGCCUGGAUGGUGAGCUCAAUUAUGGAAGAAUGGCUUCGGUGGUUUGAUCUUCGGAUGGCUGGCCGUAAGGUUGUUCUUUUAUUAGACAAUUUUUCGGCCCAUAUAUGCGCAGUCAAUAAGAUCAAUUCAACCUUACCGUUACAAAAUACCCUGAUUAUCUGGCUUCCGCCAAAUUCAACUAGCGAAUAUCAACCGCUUGAUCAGGGUAUUAUUCGUACGUGGAAGCACUAUUGGCGAAGAGACUGGGUGCGGUAUAUGCUUCAUGAAUAUGAAGCUGGACGGGACCCGUUAUCUACAGUUGAUAUACUCCAAGCGAUCCGGUGGGGUAUUGCUGCGUGGGAGUUUCAUUUGAAGAUUACUACCAUUAGUAAUUGUUUCAAUAAAGGAUUAUCACUUCGUGGUGCUGAGAUUCCUAUACAAGCCGAGGAUACUACGAUCUUAGAUAUUGAGGCUGGUUUACAAAGGCUCUCAUUUAUCUCUGCUAUCGAGAACCCUAUGGAUAUUCAGCACUUUCUUAAUCCUGAAGAGGAGAUUGUUACCGAUAGCUCCGAGUCUAUUGACCUACAAAUCCUCGCUCAAUUCCAGGCGCCUGAUGAUGAAGAGGAAGAAGAGGAUCCUGAGGUUAUGCCUAAAGUGUCAUCGGCUAGUGCACUUGAAGCCGUGCAACUGCUACAGCUCUAUCAGGAGCAACAGGAGGAGGGUGAUAUUAAGCUAAUUCAUACUCUGAAUAAGCUUAGGAUGGAGAUCCAGGGGGGCAUCGCCCAGAAUCGCCAGCAGGGAGACAUUCGUUCAUAUUUUAGUAUUUAA